UGAACCGUAUCUUCACGGGAGACAAACAUGGGUGGCUGAAGAUCAAUUCUAACCCGGAUCUUCACGGGUCGUGUUGGAAGAGAAUACAGAAACACGCCAUCAUUCGUGAAAGCAAUUAACAUUCAGAAAACCAUUUGUUGUUCCAUCUUAACCAAGUAGUUAGACACGCCUGAUUUCUCCCUAUCAACUCCUUCCAGUCAGGUACAAUUCACCGGUUCCACAAAAGACUCUCUCCAUCUAUCUCUAAUGACGUCACUGUCGUCUGCUAGUCAAUCAAUCAGCACGAGCUGAUAAAAGCGGUUAAUCAAUAAUUGAUUGCUUUCGCUUGAGCGCCAGUCUCAGGAGGCGACGCUGAGUGUGCCCGCGGAUUUCGGUGCCGCAAUACACCGGUCAACAGUCUGUCAAGGAGUAAUUUCAUUGAUACAGGAUAACUUGUUCACACCGCCUCAACAAAUUGAACUAACAGAGGGUAAAUGGGAGAACUCUAGCUGUCGAGGUGAGCACCUGCACCAUGCCUUCCAGUGAGGAUGGACACCGGCGCUGACUGUAGCUACACUGACUCCGCCAACGUCUACCACGAGAACAAGUGCGUCGAGGACACUGUCUUCUGCUGCCUCAACGGUGAAGUCAAAGUCUGCUCGUCGUCGACGUGCGGUGUCAGCGUGACGCCUACCCUCUCCACAUACGCAUUCUGGUUGAUACUCGCCGGUUUAGCAGCAUUCGGCGUCAUCAUUCUCGUCAUCACCUACGUCAUCUGUCGCCACCGGAAACCUCUCCAUGGUUUGGUGCACAGGAAAAGCGUGUUCGGCGAGACUAUCAGCCAGACCGUGCAGAGUCGCGCGGGUACCAGACAUUCCAUCCCCAGGCCAAGUCUCCCAGAAUUUAACGUUCAGUCGGAGCAUUUCCGGUCAGACCUUCGUCGACCAAUCACAGUUAGGAGCAGCAAACCCAGUGCUAUGAUCAAUACAGAGAACACACAAGCUGAACCCAGGUGGACUAUUUUAAAUGGGUUUACACCUCGUUCCCAUGGUAACAAGAGAACCGAUUCCAGAGAGAAUAUAUUGAAAAGCAAGGAAUCAUUGCCAGAUGUACAAGGCUGACGACAUGUUUGUACAGAAAUAGAAUAGUGGUUGGAUUCAACCAAGAUGUAUGUUUUUAUCAGGAGUGCAGUGAACUUGCGUAGUGAUUACCAUACGUUCUCCAGAUAAUGCUUCAGUAGAUCUUUGUUCCGGGGUUUAUUUGAACGUUUGCAACAAGACAUGUAUUUUUGGAUUUGUCAAAUUUCACUCAGUCUUGAAAUAUUAUUAAAUUGAAACUAAACAUCGAUAGUGUACACCUACAUAAAUGAUCGUGCGCGACCCUGGGUGGUCAGAAUGAGCUACCCUUUGACUGACGUGUUUGAGAUUUUUGUCUAAAUUUCGAGUGCUAACUUUUCUCCUCGUUUAUGUUGACCCCCGUCACACAGUUGGAACAGUGCUGUGUGCGGCCUAAAACAUUACUCACCUACUUUCUCACAGGGCAACUGCUUCGCUUAUUUUUAUUCACUAUUCAUUCAUCUAAACAUACAGGCCCACAGCAGAUGUCUAUUGCCAACUGUUUUCUACGCGUUAAAUUAUCUCGUUCUGUUAAAAAGAUUACUUGUUCAAAUAAUGAAAAUUUUUAAUGAUCGCCUAUUUUAAGUUUUCGGUACUCUGUUGAAUCCGCAAUAGAGUGUUUUAUUCGAACCGGAAAACAAACUGUAUAUAUGUAUAUAGGUGUCUUCUUACAAUUGACGUCCGCGAUCAAACAUACCCUUGCAUAGCUUUCAACGAAAUUUUGUAUUUGAAUAUGUAAAUAUAUUUUGCAUAUGUACAAUUUAGCUCGGGUUAAUGUUGCCCCAGUGUCUGAUAAACAAAUAAACACCUGUUUGAUAAAUGUGACAGUAUUUUUUUGACCGUCACACGAAUGACGAAAAUACCAGCACCUGUACCAAACCGCAUAGAAAGAAAGGUUGAAAUCAUGAUUGUACUCUGGUCAUGCUGGUUGUGCGUGGUGUGAAAUCAAAAUAUCACAGAAACGAAGUUCAAAAGUAGAACAAAAAAACCUCCCAAAGAUAAUCAUGGAUCCGUAAGACAACACUGCUUUCAUAUCAGACAUGGCUAUAUCAGGAAUCGACUAUAAUUACCACUAAAGUAUAUCGGAAUCUUUACCACGAUGUCUUUUAAUCACCAUGUGUAUAAUGGAUGGCAAAUUGUUUAUUAUGCAUACAAUACAAUAGACUAAAAAAACGCUUAGUACCUGAAUAUAUAUAAUUUUGUUCUUAACAAAUAAAACCAUUUAAAUUGAGGAGCCCCAUUGAGAUGUGAGAUUCAGAACCUAAGGAAAUCUAAACUUGCUUUAUUAAGAGGAGGGCUCAUUGCAGUGGAGGGCUUGGCUGUAGGGACAAUAAUGUGGUUCAGGGACUGUGAGGCAGACUACAUUGCAGGGAGGGCUAGGCUGUAGGGACAAUAAUGUGG